AUGACAGCACCCAACCCUGAAGACAUCACCUCCUUUGCAUCCAUGGAAGACCCCUUCGUUUCGAAUGGCGGACGGCCAGCCCCACGCGACGCCCACCGAUAUUCGUCAUUCGAUACGCAGCUGUUUAGCCUCAAUGCAUCUUCGCCAGCCCAGGCCAAACGAGCCCUUGAGGCUCAUCUGGCGGAGACGGAACGUCGAUUAGAGGAAGCCUCGAAAUUGGGAACAGCCCUAAUCGAUCAGCAGCAGCAGCUAUCGGAGCAGCUGAAGGAGGUCGAGCAACAGCAGGAUGAGGGAGAGAUGGGCCCGGAAUUGCGACGCAAACUCGCGGACCUGGAGAAGGAGUAUAAUGAGAUCGGUCGUGAGUCGGCGCGGGCAUUUUUGGGGCCCAAACGCCUUGCAGGGGGAGAGGAGGCUCAGCUCGGAACGCCGUCUUUUGAUCAAAAGUCACCUCUAAGCCCGGCUUUGUUCGCCAGUCAAGCCACGAACUCCCCUAGCAAAGUCAGCGUUCCAUCCCGGAAGCAGCGCAAUCAACAGUCAAAUCGUGUCCACGAUAUCGAAUUUGCGACUGAGAUCUCCACCUCCCUUUUGGCUCAAGUCCGCCAGCUACAAGCUCUUCUCGCAGAACGGGAAGAGACGCUCAAGUCUGUUAAUCUGGAAAAGUCGCGACUUGAGUUGGAGGCCGAGGGAUAUGGGCAACGAAUCCGGGCACUUGAUGACAGUGAGCAGCGCUACAAGGACGAAAAUUGGGCACUGGAGACGCAAGCACACGAGUUGAUGGCGGCUGCUAGAGAAGCUGCAGAGCGUGAGAGUCGACUCAAUACCGCGCUGACCGCGUCAACUUCUGAAAAGAACGCCAUUGAACGGGAAUUGGAGGAGCUACGGCAAGCCAAUUCGAGGUUACUUGAGGAUCAGAGCUUGAUGCAGAAGGCAAACGAUGCAGAAAUCCAUCUUCUACGCCGGAAUCUGAAUUCUGGCGAGCUGGAGAAGUCUGCUUUGCACAAGAAGCUCGCAGAAAUGACAUCUCAGAAUCAAGAGCUUGCUAAGGCUGUUGCCAUGCGUUUAAGGCAGCACGAAACUCAGGGCAACCGGGAUAUUGCUUAUAAUGAUGAUGAUGAUGAGCCGGAGCAAAUCACACCUGAAAGUUCCCCGCCACCCUCCCCUAACAAGUUCACUCCUCGACAUGGCCACCUGGAGUCCGAAACCUUGAAGAGCUCGCUUGGUCACGCUCACCGCAUGAUCCAAAAUCUUAAGAGUACCAUUCAUCGUGAGAAGACUGAGAAGAUCGAGCUCAAACGCAUGCUGCAAGAUGCCCGUGAUGAGAUUGAGACACGUCGCCGUGAGACUACUGCUCCAAACGGAUCAAGCAAGCGACAGAAGACAAAGACAGAUUCGUCUCGAAAGCCUCCUCGUCCAGACCUUCUGGGCGCGGGCCGCAAAGAGAAGUCCUUUGUUGAACUUCAUGAUACCGAUUGGGAAGAUAACGCCGGUCAGAUCAGUCCUACUCACAAGCCUGCCAUGACCAGGUCGAUGGGUCGCCCUGGCACAGUGUCCCCCGAUGAGCCCAGUGACAUCUACCAGACAGCCACUGAAGCUGAAGACGGAUUUGAGACGGCAAAUGAGCGAGCAACCGCAACCGAAAGUGAAGCAUUCCAGACCGGCGUGGAAAGCAUGGCGGAUGACAGCAGUGACUCGGCAGAUCUUACUGAGACUGAGAACAAUGUCCAAACAACUCCACGCAGCCGAGGUCCCUCUUCCCUGAUGAUGUCCAAGACUCGUGAUCGCGAUUCUUAUCACAGCACGGCUUCUGCCUCUACCGAUGACGAGGAUUAUGAUUCAGGAUUCCCCUCCCCAAGCCAAAGACAUAUCUCCCGGCCUCGGGUCAAGUCUAAGCGAAGCAUGUCAAGACGCAUUCGCCCAUCCGGGGAGGCGCCAUUCGCCUCGACUAGUCGGCCCUCAAGCUCUCGUGAAUCACCCGCACCUACGUUUGAGCGAGCACCAGUAUCUCAAGAGGGCCAGAGCCUCUUUGCUGAACUAGCAGAACUCGAAGGUGGCGAUGAAGAUGAGCAAACUUCUCAGGCUUCUACGCCGCGCAUGGAGGCUACACCAGGCUCACGCAGACCUUCAGAGGCCAUGUUGGACGCGUCGCCUAAGCCUAUUAUGGUUGACUCUGGGGUGAUGACCGAACCUUGGGAGCAUACGCUUCCCAUCAGUGCCAAUUUUGCUACUGAAGCUGCUCUUCCAAGCACGCCGACCCAGCCAACAGCAGACCGAGGAGUCGCCGAGGAAGCACAGGCAACGCCAAGACUGGUCAGCGCAGGAACACAGUGGACACCGCACAAGCCCUCGCCUGCGGAUGGUGAUCAUUUGGCUAAUGUCCCUACGCCGCCAAAGAUGCUCUGGGAUGAACGUUCGGUUCAAGAGGCAAAUGCCCAACCUGAGCUGCCAGAAAUGGGCAUUGCGGACAUCUCUUCCGAACAAACCACGCCUCAGGCUCCCAAGCACCCUGAGCUAAGUGUCUCCUAUAUCAACGGCGGCAUCACCGCUCCUGUGAAGCAUGAGUUCCCCGCACCGGUGAUUCCGGAACUGACCGUGUCUUCGGUCUCAUCACAGACUACCAGUCCCAUUCUGCCCAAGCUUCACGUGCCAGAACCAAUUAUCAAACAUGUGGAUGUCAUUAAAUACGUUGAACGCGAGCCAGAGGUGCCUGAGCUGUCCUUCUCCUCUAUCACCACUCAGACCACGGCGCCUGUUCAAGCAACUCUUGCUUUACCAGAACCCGUCAUUAAAUAUGUGGAUGUAAUUAAACACGUCGAGCGUGAGCGCGAGCUGCCCGAGUUGAGUUUCUCGUCUAUCACCACACAAUCUACAUCACCCGUCAAGGCAACCCCUGCGGAGCCGGAACGUGUGAUCGAAUACGUCGACGUUAUAAAGCAUGUUGAGCGUGAUCCUGAGGUGCCUGAAUUGACAUUCUCCUCUAUCACCACUCAAUCUACAUCACCCGUCAAGGCUACACCUGCUGAGCCGGAGCGUGUUAUUGAAUACGUCGAUGUUAUCAAGCAUGUGGAGCGUGUGCCUGAAUUGCCUGAGCUGGCGUUCUCUUCUAUCACUACACAAUCUACAUCGCCCGUUAAGCCAACCCCUGCGGAGCCGGAACGUGUGAUUGAAUAUGUUGAUGUUAUCAAGCACGUUGAGCGUGAGCCUGAAUUGCCUGAGCUGACGUUCUCGUCUAUCACUACACAAUCGACAUCGCCCGUUAAGGCAACCCCUGCGGAGCCGGAACGUGUGAUUGAAUAUGUUGAUGUUAUCAAGCACGUUGAGCGUGAGCCUGAAUUGCCUCAGUUGACCUUCUCCUCUAUUACUGCUCAAACAACGGAACCUAUCCGAGCAACCGUUUCUCAACCGGAGCCUGUCAUCAAAUACAUUGAUGUUAUCAAGCACGUUGAGCGUGAGCGUGAAGUUCCCGACUUGACUUUCUCCUCAAUCACCGCUCAGUUCACCGCGCCUAUCAAGGCUAAUGUUCCUGAACCAAUUCUCCCUAGUUUGACAAUCUCUUCCCUUGAUCCGACAUACACCGAGCCGGCCAUUCCAAAGCCUCGGGCUAUGCCUGAGCCGCCGGCGUUGUCUUUCUCCUCUGUGCGCUCCGUGGAAACUCAGCCUGUGCAGUCUGCAUCGCCUGUUAUUCCCACGGUGGCGCACCUGUCUACCCAAACUGAGCCAACAGAAGACUCAAAGGCCGCAGUGCUUGUUCAUGAGGACCAUUCUAGUGAGACUACUCGCAGCCGUGCCAACACCAACAACAGUGACCAACUUGCUGGUGCCGGGCUGGCUUUGAACGAUAUCUCAGGCAACGCUCUCGCUCGCUCCACCAGAAGACAGUCUAGUUUUGUCACCAUGGACCAUGGCGCGCAAACAAUCCUGUCUUCGAAGCAAAUCGACCAGAUCCUUAUGGAACGCGGCUCUACACGGCCGCAUACUUCAGAGAGUCAACUCACAGGGCAAUCAAAGGAGUCUGCUGUCGUCGGCGCAGCCGCUGCAGCACCUUUUGUAACACCCAAGCCUCAGUCUCGGCCUCGUCUUUCGCAGAUUCAAUCUGCCAAGUCGACGCCCAGUUACCAUCGGCCUCACAGCGCUACAAGCCAGACAUCUGGUCUCAGUGCUCACCCACCCCUGCCUCACGAUCACCGGGAGGCGAUUAUGGCCGCCGAGAAGAAGUCUGUCGAUGCGGCGCCACCUUCCCCCACCGGUGUCAUGGGUCCUCCUUUGGCCCCCGCCUCUGCCUAUCGCAUGAACACACAGCGACCGCUUACGCCGAACGAACAGGCUACGCGCUCUGGCUCUGCGAGAACCGUUUCCUCUCAGCCCAGAAUGAGGAGAAGCAGUCAAAGUCAGAUGUCACGACGAUCCUCGGUUUCGUCCUUCGCGUCCGAGAUUGAGGAGCGUUUCAACAUGAACCCUCAUGCCGGUCCUAUGCCUCAGGGCUAUGGACCUAACACUGACCCUCGCAUGAUCCAGGCCAUCACUCAGACCAUGAUUGGCGAAUUCCUUUGGAAGUACACUCGCAAGACCGGUUCGGCAGACAUGUCUUCAACGAGGCACCGAAGAUACUUCUGGGUCCACCCCUAUACCCGUACGUUGUACUGGAGUGCGCACGACCCGCAAACCGCUGGAAAGAGCGAACUUCGUACCAAGAGUGUGCCUAUUGAGGCAGUGCGGGUGGUUGCUGAUGAUAACCCGUACCCACCGGGUCUUCACUGCAGGAGCUUGGAGGUUGUCAGCCCUGGCCGACGGGUUCGGUUCACGGCUACGACCAGCCAGAGACACGAGACUUGGUUCAAUGCAUUGUCCUAUCUUCUUUUGAGGGAGACCAACGACAACUGUGAAGACCACAACAGCGUGACCCUCGAUGAUAUCGACGAGUUCAAUCCUAGUUUCCGAUCUGGCUCUCAACAGGGAACAAGGAUGUCGUUUUCCUCUUACAACAGUCGCAACGUUCGUAAUGCACCCAAGCAACAACGAGCGGCAUCUGCUAUGUCCAUGCGGUCUGGCGGAGGCCGUGCUUCCCCGGCGCUCAGUACACCCGGGCCAAACUCAUUGCAAGUCCCCGAUGAAGCCCACCAACGCUCUUCGUCACGGCUGAGCACGAUCUCCAGCUCAAUCCGGGGAUCAAUUGCCAGUCUGAAGGGACGGCACGGCGCCCAGUCUCCUAGCAUGCUUGAUGAAAGCAUCCGCGGCCAAGACAGCGUCGAUGACCUGAGGCAUGCCCAUGAGACACAAGACUUGGACCGGCUCGAAAAUGUCCGUGCCUGCUGUGAUGGCAAGCACGACGUGGGUUCUCUUUCGCGUACUAGUCGGUAUAGCCCGAGAGUCGAUCGCAUCCACUCCCCCCACCCUCAUUGA